AUGGAUGAACCUACAGAGCUACUAGAGAGGGACGAAGUCGAAGCAAAAACCAAUAGCAAUGUUUGCCAAGAUGUCAAGAAACCAGAUUUUACAACUUCAUCUUGGCUGGAAAACUUACCUACAGAAAUCUUGAUCAAGAUAUUUAAAUAUCAGAGGAUUCAGGAAAAUAUAUUGGGGAUUGGCUUAGUUUGUCGCCGAUUUCAUUUGAUUACUGCGACAUAUCCAGAACUCUGGUCAACACUAGAAUCAAGUGCAGAAUUUAGUGUAGAAUCUUUCAAACACAUAAUGACUCAUGCUCGUGAUUUUAAAGUUUUAGCUUUAAAAUUCUCGCAAAAGCCUGUAAGGUACAAUAGCCCAGAGGGUUUUAUAGAAGGAUAUCUUUCUUUGUGUAUAAACAUCGAAGAACUUGAUCUAUGCUACAACACAUCUAUUGUUGACUUGACAUUUUUACAAAGUUUGCCUAACUUAAAAAAACUUACUCUUGAAGGAUGCACAAGCAUUGACCCCCAAAAUAUGCUUAAUAACCUUAAAGAAUCCAAGACAUUGAGAGUUCUGGAUGUUUCUAGUUGCUUGCAAUUGGAUGGCGAACAACAUAAACAGGCUUUGUUGAAAUAUGUCGGGUGUUGCCACGUCUUCAGAUAUUUAAAGCUGAAUGGAGCUGCCGAAUUUCUCCAGAAUUAG